CUCUGUGCCUCAAAUAUGCCUCCUACCGCGCCACCGCUCCCCCACCGCCAUGCUCUCCGCUGCCUGCGUCGCCCAGCACGCCCCCGCUCGCAGCGUUCCCCGCGUCGCCGCCCACCCCAGCGUCCGCCCAGGCACAACUACCACUGCCCCGAAGAACACCAGGACAUUGAUCAAGGCCGCCCACUCACCGCGGACUCGCCAUCUCAGUUCGCAGGCCGGAUCUCAUCAGAGCGCUUUCAAGGAUGGUGCUUUAAAGCCGCGUUUGUCUGUUGUUCCCGGCAGAUAUCAACGCAGGACUAUGGCCACCAGCACUUCGCCGUCGUCCUCCGUUCAAUUCGGCCAGAAGUAUGUUACGGCCGGGCUCAGCCGAUCAUUAGAAGCGGUAGUGGUGAAAGGAGAGGGAUCCUACCUCACCGUGGAGGAUGGCCGCAAGAUGCUUGACUUUACUUGCGGCAUCGGAGUCACGAACCUCGGCCACUGUCACCCACGAGUUAGUAGCGCAGCAGCAAAGCAAUGCAUGGAAGUGGUUCACAUGCAGUGCAGCAUCGCCUUCCACCCACCCUACCUCAAACUCAUCGAGAAGAUCCUCCCUCUUAUGCCUGACUCGUCCCUGAAUUCAUUCUUUUGGUGGAACUCGGGAUCGGAAGCCAUCGAAGCCGCAAUCAAAAUUGCCAGGACUGCAACCGGUCGUCAGAAUAUUAUUUCGAUGCAGGGUGCUUACCAUGGCCGAACCUUCGGAGCUAUGGCCGUUACGAAGAGCAAGACAAUUUACAGCGAAGGAGUCCAUCCCCUUAUGCCUGGGGUAUUCACCCUCCCCUACCCAUACUGGCACCAACUCGGCCUACCCGCAUCCACGCCGAGCUCACAGCUCUCGGCCCUCUGCCUCGCGCAGCUCGACCUCCUGCUCAAGCAGCAGACCGCUCCGCAGGACACGGCUGCGAUUCUGAUUGAGACCGUGCUUGGUGAGGGCGGGUACGUCCCGGCACCUACAGAGUUCCUGCAGGGCCUGCGGGAGGUAUGCGAUAAGCAUGGGAUCUUGUUGAUCAUCGAUGAGGUGCAGUGCGGAUAUGGGCGGGCGGGCAGGCAGUUUGCGAUUGAGUACUCGGGUGUGCGGCCGGACAUCAUGUGUAUCGCAAAGGGCCUUGCGAAUGGUUUCCCCCUUAGCGGUGUUAUUAGCCGAAAGGAUAUCACUGACAAGCUGAAGGCGGGAACCAUGGGCGGUACGUACGCAGGAAACGCCGUGGCAUGUGCUGCCGCUUGCGAAGUCAUUGACGUCAUGAAGGAGGAGAAUAUUUUGGAGAACGUCAACGAACGGUCGAAGGAGUUAUUUGCAUUCCUGAACGCUCUGCGCGAUGAUAUUGCGCCCUGCAUCCUCGAUGUGCGUGGACAAGGACUCAUGGUCGCUGUCGAGUUUGCGUCGCCCGUAGGCACAGGCUCUCACGACUCCUUCGUCAACUCCGCCGUCCCGAAGAGUCUCGCGAGCCGCAUCGCGAAGCGCUGUCAAGAGAAGGGGAUGCUUAUCCUGACCACGAGCGCGUACGAAGUCAUUCGGUUCAUCCCGGCACUCAACGUCUCCAAGGAAGACUUGGCGAAGGGCUGCCAAAUAUUCAGGGAGGCCGUGGAGGAAGUCGUGCGCGAGGGCUGAGUCGGUGAACGAGAAGAACAAUACAUGUAUCUGUACAUCCGAUUCCUCCCAUAGACGAUAUGCCCCGGCAAGCUCAUGUAGUCCGUACACGCUUGGCUCAGGCCCCCCUCCAAUGUAUUAGUAGACUCAAGACAAUCCUCCCGGAGCUUGCUACAUACAGUAUGUUGCUCAGGUUGUGUGAUCAUGGCAGCAUUCGUUUCUACAUGUGAGCUGUCGCAUGAUCUGUGCGUAGAUUUCGAUCAAAGAUAUCUGAUCGCACACAGUAUCUUCCGUCUAGCCAAGCG